AUGUUGCCGGCGAGGUUGCUCGCUUUCGCGCUGCUAUGCGCCUGCGCACACGCCGACAGUCGGGCCGCACCCGAAAACGAAUAUAGUGCUGACGAAAAAGACGAUAUUUUUUACGAGUUAAAAAGUCACGCUGUCACUAACAGCACACCUCGGAGUGAAACGAAUGGUUUUGGUUUUGAAAACGAUGGUUUAGUCAACGAUUUUGGUUUUUUGAACGCAGCGGCUGGUGGCUUGGAUACCAAUGAUAAUAUUAUUUAUAAAUUGAGUGAUGAGGCGUACUACGAAAUGCCGCGUCUGUUCCACCUGGACGAGUACGUGGGUUGCCUGGCGCUGCGGGGCUCCUACUGCCUCGGCAGCUUCGAGCUCUCCCCCAUUGGGUAUAGCCCCCUGUUCGACACCAUGCAGCGUUACUCAGCCAACUGGGUGGACAACUACAAUCAUACUCGCCUCCACCGAGGUCUUUGCCUGCAACGCAGCUGCCUACCGGCACCUGACCACCACUCAGCGCUGACGCUGCCGGCUCUUGAGGCAUGGUUUGCCUCGUGCGUUAACACGAGCACCAUGUCGGCGUACAACCUGUCAGCUCGCCUCUACCAGCUGGACUACUGCAGGCGAGGUCCUGAACGGUCAGUGCCCCUCAACGCGAACGAACGAGGGUUCGCUGUCCUCCUGGCCGUGAUCUUUGGACUCGCCACUAUAAGCACCGCUUUGGAUUUGACUUUGACUGACCAAGCUAAGAAGGGCUACGGCUGGGCCUUGUCCUGGUCUGUCAGAUCCUCGUGGAACUCGCUCACCGCCCCGCCGCCGCAGACGAGCGCGGUGGACUUGCGCGCCUUCGACGGGUUGCGCGUGCUCUGCAUGCUCUGCGUCAUCAUCGAGCACGUGUGCUGGCUCGGCACGCUGUCCUACAUCGCGGACACGCGCUCAUACGAACAGAUGCGCCGCGCUGGCGAAGUAAUCCUGAUGACGAACAGCACCCUGGUGGUGCAGAUCUUCUUCCUAAUGGCCAGCUUUCUGCUCGCUCACAAACUCCUCACGCAACGGCAGGACGCGUCAGCUGUCAGCACUUUCUUCAAAACUAUGAUCAAUAGGAUUAUCAGGAUUAGCCCCAGCUACUUCGUUGUGCUGUGGUUCGCGUCGUCGUGGUGGGAGCGGCUGGGCGGCGGCCCCCAGUGGAGCCCACAGGUGCGCGCCGAGGCGGCGGUGUGCCGACGCAAGUGGUGGACCCACCUGCUGUACCUCAACAACCUCGUGUACCCCGACGAGAAGUGCUUGAUACAGACCUGGUAUCUAGCAGCUGACAUGCAGCUGUACGCAGCGGCUUUAGCCCUGACGCUAGCGUUACGUGGACGUCGCGUAGCCGUGCCGGUGUUGGGCGCAUUGUUCCUGCUAUUAACCGUUAUAUGCCUGGUUGUGGCGUACGCGUGGCACCUGGUGCCCACGUACGUGGUGCAUCGACCCGAAUCGGUUAGGCUCGCAUAUAGCGGCGACGCGUCUUUCAAUGUGCUCUACCAGUCUCCCCUGGGCAACGCCACGGGUGCAUUGGCCGGGCUUUUGCUGGCCCACCUCCACCACGCCUUGACAAGGUCUUCGUUGCGCAUCGCUGACAACAAACUGUUCCGCUGGGCGUCAUUCACCGCUGCGCCGGCCGCGCUGUGGUGGGCCGCGCUGUCGCCUCUCACGCUGGGCGAGGGUCCUCCGGGCAGAGCCACUGCUGCGACGCUGGCCGCGCUCGAGCGACCCGUGUUCACGGUGCUAGUGGCGCUGGCAUUACUUGGCGCUAUGUAUGGCAUCGAAUCACCCUGGCGGACGUGGCUGUCUCACGGCGGAGCGGUGCUGGCACGGCUGUCGUUUGGAGCGCUGUUGUUGCAUCUGCCACUCAACAAGGGUCUGCUGGCUGCCAGACUAGCACCCGUUCAGCUCGACAGGCAGAACGCUAUUUUUGAAUGGUUCGGCGUAGCAGUAGUUUCGUACAUGGCUGCGCUGCCACUCGCGUUGCUGGUAGAAAUUCCUGCGCAGCGACUGUAUCGGGAGCUGACUGCGCUGCUAACCAAACCGGCGCCGGUGCCUAAGACUGGGAUGGAUAAGACUGAUAUGGGUCCCACACAAUGUAACAGGACAAAUAGCUGAUCGUUUAAGAAGAUAUUUAGGUCUAAGACUAGAUUUAUAUGGGCGAUACGUGCGUUUGGCUGACGAAAACGCCAUAGUAGAACAAGAUUUAGAUAGACGCCUAGAACUAAGUUGAAAAACUAAAACCGGAUCGACAAGGCAAGAGGGGUGUCAACCAGUGUCUCUCGCGACUUUUACUCUAGCUUGUACAAACGACUCUUGUUUGAUUGUGAAUUAGCACGCCAGGCGUUCUUGACUGAUGAGUCGUAAAUUACUACGCCGCUGCAGGUGCGUUUUAACCUUAGCUUAACUCUUUUAAAUAGUCUACUACCCUAGAUUAUCUGUUAUCAAUUCCGUAUAAAUUAUAUAACUUUGGAAUCCAUGCAUUGGAUACCACAGUUAUAUUAUGUGCAGUCCACAGAGAAAAACCGAUGUUUAUUAUCUGUCUCGAUAAAUUUUUGUUUAC